CUUUGGAUCUUUAACCGGCGCCACUUCUCGUUUCUAGGAAGAUGAAGUUGAAUGUAAGCUACUGUGACUGCCUUAAAAAGUCAUACGCCCCUGGCUAAGGAACGCGGAAUGGCUUCUCCUAUGGAGUCAGCCGCAAUGCAUCCUGGGUUUAAGAUCAAAACAACUGCCAAGAUGAUGCCUAAACCACUGCUGAUCCUGGCUGUUCUGACUCUCUGCUGCUGCAUCACCACUCUGAAUGCUUUUUCCAGACCAGGGUGUCAGUGCUUACGGGCAACCCGCAGUCGCAUCAGGAACAUCAAGCAAAUUGUGGUGAUUCCUAUUUCGGGACUCUGCCGGCAGCCUGAAAUCAUAGUCAUCAGAAAGAACGGCUCUAAAAUUUGUGUGGACCCACAGGCGCCUUGGCUCAACAACCUGCUCACGAAUUUGCCAAAGAUUGGCUGUGACAAAGGAAGGGUUCUUUCUUGUCUUCGCCAUCAGAUUUUGCACUAAUGGGAGGAUGAGAACUCCAGUGGAACUGCUUUGCCGGCCACAACGGAUUACUGAUCAAUGGCUCCAUUUAAGUUUAUAAUAAGGUCUUAGUGCUUCUUUAUAUGCUUGAAGUACUGACCUUUAAUAAUUGUACUCAAACUGUGCUGUUUAUCUUUUAAAACAUGUAUAUUGGAGAACUAAUUAAGCAAGGUAGAAACAUUAUUGAAAUAAUCCUACACAUGUUCUUGAAAUACUGUGAAACAAAAGUAAUAAUCAUAUAAUGAACAAAAAAAAAA